GGCAACAUGCAUUUAUGUAUUUUGUUUUCUUUGUUUUCAUUAGACAUCGCAGUAGUUGUGCCAUUGCAGCACUAGUGCAGUUUUCCACAAAUUGUGAGGUGCUGAUGAAAACAUACGAGCAGAGCCCGAGUAGCGCCUCUACAACAAGGGAGACACAGUCAGCUGGAAAUAACAAAAUUUCUACAUAUUUUUGAGUGCAUAGUUUUAUCUAAUUUUGGAGUGUCACUAAAAUCAACAGCACACUUUCGAGUGACUAGUGACAGGAAUGGGUAAUCACAUUGUCUAUGAGAUUGAUGAAGAUGACUUCAAUGAUGAGGAUGUGGACGAAAUGCUUGGUGAGCAACUAAGCUUAGCUGUUGGUACAGUAAUGAGUCAAUUGGAACGUUUGGAGCGUCUCAAUCCAUUAGAAAGGCCAACAACGCAAAUGCCUGUGAUACGAAAAAAACCAGAUUUGCGAAUAUUUCGCCAUACUAGGCUAUACAAAGAGAUCAAAGCCUUGUGUGCACUGCCAGCAAAUAGCAAUCGACCCAGUGAACGGUGGUCGCUGACGCGUGGUCUAUUCAAGCGUGAGAACGGGAUAGCAGCACACCCAGCAGGAUCGUUCACACCAAAUCAACAGCGUCGGAUUGCUAACCUAUUCGUGCCUAAUAACAAGGAGGAGCGUCUUAUGUCAUUGGAGGCAAAAGUUUUCGUUUGUAAAUUCAAUAAAGAUGGGAGCAAAUUAGUUACAGCUUGUCAAGAUUCGAUUAUACGUGUUUUUGACUCCUCGAAGGGCACAUACCACCGUAUCAACCGCAUAACAGCUGAAGUAUGCAACUGGAGCAUUUUGGAUGUAGAUUUCAGCCCCUGCGGUCAAUACCUCGCCUAUUCUACCUGGUCGGAUAACUUUUUUGUGUUACCCCUGAAUAGUGACGAGAGCGAAUUGCAAUGGCUUAACUUAAAUGCCGAACAGACGCGUUGUGGCAUCUUCUCGUUGCGUUUUUCACCAUGCGGGCAAAGUAUAAUCGGCGGUAGUAAUAAUUCAUUGGUUUAUAUGGUCGAUCGUGAGACGCGCGCUGUACGAAUGAUAAACACACAGCGAGGUCACAAGUCUGACAUUAAUGCAGUUAGUUUCGUAAGCGAUCAGGAUUCAAAUCUAUUCGUAUCAGGUUGCAAUGAUGGUGUGUUAAAGCUGUGGGAUUUGCGUUGUUGUGGUAGUUCUGUUCGUCCGGGCUAUAACUCGGGUGCGGGUAGCAGCAACGGUAGACACUCACCAGUCGGUGUGUUGGUAGGUCAUUUAGACGGCAUUACUUAUAUUGAUCCGCGGAACGAUGGGCAUUAUCUGCUAACCAAUUCAAAAGAUCAAAGCAUCAAAAUUUGGGACCUACGUAUUAUGGCAGGUCCAAGCAAUAAAAUGAGACUAAAACUGCCAGUGAUACCGUGGGACUAUCGUUGGGAUUCGGUACCACGUGAAUAUUACAAUCCAAAAUCAACCUUGGUAGGUGAUGUUAGUGUCAUGACAUAUCGCGGCCAUCGCGUUACCAAAAGUCUACUGCGUGCGAAAUUUUCGCCUGCACUACAAACUGGACAACGCUACAUCUACACUGGCUGCGGCACAGGGAGAAUCAUUAUCUAUGAUGUUUUAACUGGUCAAAUAAAGGAGGCUAUUGAAGGGCAUAAAGACAUUGUUCGCGACUUAUCGUGGCAUCCUGUGCGUUCGGAGAUCGUAUCAAGUUCGUGGGAUUCUCAUGUUAAUCUUAACACCUUCAAACAUAAUCCCCUACUGAAACGACCAAGUUCUGGGCCGGGUCAUCAAGGCUCCUUGCGGCGUUCACUCCGCAUUGCCCAUCAAAAUGGAGACUUAGAUGAUGAAGCCAACGAAGACGAGCCUGAGCAGUCAUGGUAGCAGUCCUUGUCGCGUACAAAUAGAUUUUUGCCAGAAGAAACUUAAACAACUAAAGGUUAGCAGAAAGCACAGCAUCAACAUAAGAAUCAACACAAAGCAUGAACAUACACUUACUUUUGACUUUAAAAAUACAUUAUAUAUAUAUAUAUACAUAAAUAUAUAUUUCGGUUAGUUUCAUGCUUCUUUUUAAAUGUUGUACAACUAAAAUUCUCAAUUACAUAGAAACAUGUAAAUAUGUAACGUUAUGCUAUUAGGCGAUUAAAUCACAUUAAAUUA